AUGCAAGGUAUUGUUUGUGCAGGUACAAUGGGAAAUGUUGGUUUUCCGUCAAAAUUAUCAGCAUGCAUCCUGAUCUUCCUGAUCCUGGAAAAUUUCUGUGUUACUUGUGAUGAUCACUGGUGUUAUGAGGAUCCAGAAUGUGACCCUGCCACCUGGGGGCCUAUUGGCUCCUGCAGUGGCAUGAGACAAUCUCCCAUCAAUAUCAACCCCCAGACAGUCAAACCAAAAUCUACUUUGGGACCUAUACAUUUCAAGAAGUAUGAAGACCUUAAAAUCGCCAAGAUAAUAAAGAAUACAGGGCAUCAUUGUCAGAUAGAUUUUAAGCCCGUAGCAACGAUUUCUGGUACCAGCUUUUCAGCAACAUAUUACCUGCGCCAGGUGCACUUCCAUUGGGGCACCCAAAAUAGUGAUGGCGCAGAGCACACAAUCGAUGGCAAACGCCACACCAUGGAGAUGCACUUGGUUCAUACUAAAAACAACAUGAGUAUAGAAGAUGCGUUGAAGCUGCCUGAUGGAUUGGUCGUCCUGGCAUUCUUGAUGGAGAAAACCGAAGGGAAUAACCAAAUCACUCCAUGGAACACUCUAGCCAAUAUUUUAGUCAACAUUCCAGAGAAAGGUGACUCUUAUAAUCUGAACGGGGAAUUCUCUGUAGGUGGUUUAUUGAGCAAAGCAGAUGUAAGCCACUAUUACUACUACCAAGGCUCUCUCACUACUCCACCCUGUACCGAGUCUGUGAUCUGGUUUGUCUUUGAAAUCCCUCUUCAGAUUUCAAAUCAAGUGGCUGACAUAAUGACAACCUCACUAUACUAUACCACCGUGCAGGAAAACAAGCUAAUGCAGAACAAUUUCCGUCCUACGCAGGCCUUAAAUAAUCGAAGUGUCUAUUACUACACAGAAUAUAAAUCACUGCUCACCUGCAUGGCACAUUGCCUUGCCCCUUUGUUUUGA